CCCUCCUGGCGCCAUCUGAUUGGCCGACGACCGCCCCUACCCGGCCCUGGCCCUAUUCCCACCGGGUGCACCCGAUUUUGGCUACUCACCCCCCGGAGGAAUACUCGAUCUUACUCUCGCCUACCCGAAAAUGGCUGGGCUAUUCGACCAACAGACCAACAGCAGACCACGCUCACGAACACACGUCACAAACACCCCGCACUCGAGUUCCGACACUUCCGACGGCGGGCGGAGGCGGACCUAACACGACUAACGCGGCGGAACUCUCGUUUGAAGUGGAUGUCUCUCCUGCAAGCCUUCUCCUGCAAACCACCGCCGACGGCGGAACUCUCUCGGUUCUGGUAGAUCUCGCUCCUGCAAGUAGAUCUCGCUCCUCAACCCACCAAGUCUCUCGUGGUUAAUCUCGGCACUCGUGCCUGAACGGUAGACUGGCAUCGGCAGAACAUGAGCGAUGAAGACAGCGGUGGGUCAAAUGUUCGCGGCAGACGGCCGUUCGUUCGUUGCGGGCAAGAACAGCGGGGGCAGGCAGAAGACUUACCGGUGCUCGGGCCAUACCGGAGGCUGCAAAGCACAAGUCCGCGCCUACAAGGGUGCCGACGGAGUGUGGAAGGUGCACACGAUUGACGCCGCACACACCGACUGCUCCGGCGGCAUUACGAAGGGGAGGACCGUUGCUCUCCAACACCUGGCCUCCACAGUCGUGAAGGACCAUUCGUCCAUGAAUGAAUGGCAAGGAGCUCAAGCGUAAGCUGGAGCGGAACACAGGGAUCGAUGUCGCCCACCGGACGGCAAACCGGAUGAAGAUGACAGCAAGGGACGGCGACAAAGCGACGACGGCGGCUGGGUACCAGCUGCUGGGUUCUUUAUGUAACCUUCUUCAACAGCAGUGCCCUGGUUCGGUCGCGGAAGCCCAG